GUCAGAUCAUCUGCCCUACUGCAACUGCUGUCAGCUUUCGAGUGUGGCAACGCUCACCCCGCGCGUGGAACAGUACUGCUUGCGUUUGAGGGAGAAGCCGCUUGUUAGAGUAUGGAAUCUUGACAAUCAGUUUUAUCCGCCAGAGAUCCCAUUCACCACCAAAAUACCGGAUGUUCGCUCCCCCACUAUUCGAGGAUAAUUGUGAACAAAAGAAUAAGUACAUCUCUUUUUGCUGAGGCGCUGUCUCUUAGUCUCUUCAGUCUGAAGAUUACCUCGACUUUUGUACAUAUCCCGAGAUGAGGCGGCAGGUCGUGCCAGUGGGGCUGCACGAAUCCCUUCCAUCCCAAACUUGUUUAGAUUCCUUAAUAGGCUGGCCUAAUCUUUUUUUUGCAGGAGCCUUCGCAACCGUGUCCCUACUUAUUCUAUUCUCUUGGUCAUUCCUAAAAAACACCUUUCUUCUGCCAUCAGAGGACAUGUACCUCUUUCACUCAUCCUAUCCCUUCCUCUCUGUCUUCUACCUCAUACCCCAGCGCGUACAGAUCCAACCACAUCAAGCCGAAGCAAUUUUGUGUGCCUGGGACACAUUAGCCAUCGAUGGGAUUUUUUUUAAAAAAAAAAAAAAGGCUAUCAUGUUCUUGAAGUUGAACGUUGGGUUUUCCGGUUACGUUCCAGAGACUGUCGGCUCUCGGGCUGGAGAGUAUUAGAUUCAUCAGUACCGUCUGUCUCUUUCAGUCUCGUCCGAUUUUUCAGAGAAAUCCUUCGCUCGGGAAUCGCGACGUCCCAC